CAGGAGUCUCUGUCGCCGCACCGAGGCAUGGACGACCAAAACGGGACACUGCAAUUGCCUAGGUACUAUUUUCCAAUUUUCUUUUUCUUUUCUCCCCCAGAAUUUCCCCAGUGUUUUUCGCUGGCGCCUCCGCCGCCCCCUGUUCAUGCUCACAGACUUCUUCGUCCGUCGUCAACCUUUGUCACAUGGGGUAUGGCCCGUAUGGGGGUGAGGCAGCAGGGAUCGGGGCCAAGGCUAGGCACAAUUUCCACGGCAAAAAGGGGGUUUCGAUAUGGGGCUAGCCUGCGACAACACAGACGCCAUACUCCCGACGGCAAUCGUCGGACCGUAGACCUCCGUCGCGAGCGAGAAUAUAAGACCUGAACGAUGGUCGACGGCCGACUUGAGAGGAAAUGAUCAGACCGUAGAUCUGCAGAUCAGCCUCUUUCCAACCCAAAGACAGCGAUCCCAUCGAAUCUCACCAUGGUCUCCUUCACCACUCUCAUCGCGGCCCUGACCGCCGUCUCCGGCGCCCUGGCCGCCCCGGGCGUCGUCGAGAAACGCCAGGUCACCCCCAACGCCGAGGGCACCCACGAUGGUUGGUUCUACUCGUGGUGGUCCGAUGGUGCCUCCCCCGUCACCUACACCAACUUGGCCGGCGGCUCCUACAGCGUCACGUGGCAGCGCGGCGGUAACCUUGUCGGUGGUAAGGGUUGGAACCCGGGUAGCGCUCGGUCCAUCACCUACCAGGCCGACUUCAACCCCGUGAACAACGGCAACAGCUACCUCUGCGUCUACGGCUGGACCAGGAACCCCCUCGUCGAGUACUACAUCAUUGAGAGGCUCGGCGAGUACAACCCUGGCAGCCAGGCCCAGGGCCGUGGCCAGGUCACCUACGCCGGCUCGACCUACCGCUUGUACGAGGGCACUCGUACCAACCAGCCCUCCAUCGAUGGCACCGCCACCUUCCAGCAGUACUGGGCCAUCCGUGACCAGCAGCGCACCAGCGGUACCGUCGACACCGGCUUCUUCUUCAACGCCUGGGCCCAGGCCGGCAUGCCGCUCGGCAACCACUACUACAUGGUCAUGGCCACCGAGGCUUACAACAGCGCCGGCAACUCCCGCGUCACCGUCAGCGGCGGCGGCGGCAGCCCUCCUCCCCCUAACCCCCCUCCCACCAACCCUCCCCCCACCAACCCUCCCCCCACCAACCCUCCUCCUAGCAACCCUCCUCCUUCCGGCAGCUGCUCUGGCAUGUGGGGCCAGUGCGGCGGCCAGGGCUGGAACGGCCCUACCUGCUGCUCUCAGGGCACUUGCCAGCAGCAGAACCCCUGGUACUCUCAGUGCCUGUAAGCGGCUGACUUUGUCGGCUCGCGCUUCUGCUCCUGCUCCUCCUCUCGGUCUGAGGAGAAAACGGGGAUCGAAUAACACGGUUUCCCGGGCUCUCUCUCGGAUCUGUCUCAAUGUGGUGCGAUGUAUUUUGCUCUGGCGGACCGCUGUGGUGACUCCACUGGGUUGGGGGAGCCCCUGAAUUCAACAUUCGGGGGUUAGAUGUGAUGUGCUCGGAAUCGCGUUUCCCUAGAUACUAUUGUCUCCCACACAAUCAAACAAACC